UAUCAAUCUAUGAUCGAUAUCCAUGAGUCAAGAGGAGUGAGGCCAUCAGAUCCAUGAGGCAAUAGCUCUGAGGCAAUAGCAGAAUAAGAGAAAUUUUAUUACAAAUAUUAAAGUGAAUCUCCAGUUACAACAAACGCAAAAGAGAUGUUAUGAUAAUAAAGACAUUUGUCAACUUUCAGCUGCUCAAACUUGAUCGACAAGAAAGCUGUCAGAAAAUCACUAUUCUCUGGCUAUUGUGAUAUUAAAAAUCCUGGGUCAGUGGGUAUCUCAACGUGAGUUAUAAUUAUUUCUUAUGGCUUGUUACUCACCUUAUACCUUACUUGUCAAAGGGAGACGUAAUAUAAGGAGGCAUCUGGUUAAAUGCAAAGUGUGUCCAAUGUCUGUGUGCCCCUUUGUCUGCUAUAACAAACCAAAAUCAAAAUGGGUCAGUUCUUAUUUCCAACCACCGAACUGACAUGACGUCCUUGUCGGAAGAUAGAAGAGGUGUUAAUUAAAUUUCUCUGUAACUAAACACAAACCCUACCCCAGCCCUAAAUAAUUAAUCAAGAAAAUCCCAGAAGAAUGAACUUUAAAACUUGAGAAAAUGAUGUAAGGGGCUGUCGACAAAUAGAUUUCGUCCACCGAUUGCGGACUUGUUCCACGAUGGGGGGAGGGGGCAGCCUUGAAUCCGCGAGUACAAAAUAAUCAGGACAAAAACUUACUUUUCUGGCUAAAAAAUUGUUGGAUUUGUCCGCGAUGGGGGAAGGGGCAAUUGCGGAACAAGUCUGCGAUCGGUGGACAAAAUCUAUUUGUUGGCAACCCCUAAUGUCAGUUUGAUGGUCAAUUGGAAACGAGUAAAAACCACCAAAAUGGGAGCAUUUUGGAAAUAUGAAGAUGAAAAAUAUGAAGAUGAAAAAUCAAUAACACGAACUCUCGGAUUGGAGAAUAGUCUGGUUAACCCAUGAAUGCCCAACAUUUCCCCUGGACAAGUAAAAUUGUUUGGCAUUUAAACAGAGUGUAAAUAAGUAGCAAAGUUGGGUUAUGUUUGGAUUUAUUGCCAAUUAAAUCGCCUAACCAUUAGCCUUCUCACCCAUGUGACCAGGCAUUUUUUAUUUAUUAAUUUAUUUAUUCACAUGGAUUUGAACUGAAAACAUUCCAAUUUUACAAAAAACUGUUGGCCUCGCCCCUCAGUACUGUGAAUUAUAAAAAGUAGGCCGGAAAAGUCUGUUUUCCACUUCAAGCGUAUCAUAUGAAACAUAUAAAAAACUUAGUGAAUGUUGAUUGGUCAAUACUUCCAUAGUACGCCAAAAAGUUGACAUUCUGAUACACAAGUACAGCCGAAAGUAUGUGAAUUUAUCCUAUUUUCAAUCUACGCAUGCUCCCCAGUACAUUUGGAUACAAUACGGUCGAAGUGGAAAACAUGCUUUAACCCAUUGAGUGGCAGCACUCUCCACUUGACGAGUAAAAUACUCUGGCGUUAGACAAAGUAAAAUCUAAAGUAGGGCGCAUCAGGGUGCAUUGCCACUUAAAGGGUUAAUGAUAGUGCUAGAUGGCCAUGCCAUGUGUAGAUAUCUGCUGUACCAUACAAAUGACACAAAAUUAAUACACUCAGUGGCGUAACUACUAUGGGCUCAGACCGGGUGAACCCGGGGGCCGCCAACCCAAAUGGGGGCCCCCAGGCUUAGGCGAUAGGGCAAAACAUUGGCCAGGGCCUCUAAUAUGUUACAAUGUCGUUUUAUGACCAUCAGAAUUCUGUAAAAUCUCUCCCCAAAGUCCAGGAAAUGACAUUUCAGAGAAUCUAGAUUCAAAAAUUUUCCGGAUGACCAUGCCCUGGACCCCCUAGAAAACUUGUGCAUAUACGGCGCUCGACUCGUGCCUUUGGCACUUCUACUAGGGGGGCCUUCGAAAAUUUUGAACCGGGGGCCCCUUGAUAUAACGUUACGCCCCCUUGAUAUAACGUUACGCCACUGAAUACACUUGUAAUAUUUUUUUAUUUCCUAGCAAUGAUAACCAUUCUGUUUGAAUGACCUUCAGUUUUCCAUGUUUUAUACUGUAUAUUUUUUCCCAAAGCCAUGCUGUAGAUUAUGACAGAACAAUUUCAAGAAUAUCAACACAGUUUGCGGAAACUGAGUGAGGAAGAAAGGACUAGACUGCAAGAUGAUGCAGUUCCAGUUUCAGAAUUUAAGAAAAAUAAGUUAGAAAAAGAUGCUCAACGUAACUGGGACUUGUUUUAUAAACGUAAUUCAACCAAUUUCUUCAAAGAUAGACAUUGGACAUCCAGAGAAUUUCAAGAACUAUGUUCUGAUGAAGGUAUAUGGUCAUUACAACAUAAUGGGUUAACUAUAUAAACAAAUGGGUAAAUAGUCUGGUUAUAACACUAGCACUAUCCAAUUGACAUGUCAAGUAAAAUCAUCUUUCAUUAGAUAUCUAGUAAAAUAAUAAAGUAGGAUGCAUUAUAAUUAGGGCACAAUGCAACGUAAUGGGUUGAGCAUAGAUGCAAGACUUCUUGGGGAUGUGGGAGAUCAGAUACUAGUCUGAUCAGAAGAAGAAUUUCAUUUGCACCAGCAAAAAGGUCAUGGUGCACAAUAAUGAUUAUUCAAGUAUAUGUAGAUUAAAAUUUGUAAACAUAUACAAGAACAAAAACAAGCAUAAAGCCAGUAAUUGUUAAUUAUAAAUUUGAUAUUUUCAAGCUAUCACCUAUUUCAUUUCAAAUAUAUAGGGUCCCUGUGAUCGAAUAGAAAAUUGAUCAUAAUUUGUUCUUACAAUAGACAAUUCCCAUUAUAGACUAAUUUUAAAACUAAGCAAGGAGAUGCAAAUUAAUCACCACAGCUAGAAAGAGCAUACUAAAAUUAGUAAAAUUGCAAAGGUUGCGAAAUGUUGUAAAAUGCGGAAAAUAUAGCCUUGCAAAUUUUGUGUACUUUUGUAUUGCGUGCGGAAAUUCCUACCAUUUUCGGCCCAAAUGUGGUAGUAAUUUCCGCACGUAAUACAAAAGUAUACAAAAUUUGCGAACUUUGCAAGGCUAUAUUUUCCGCAUUUUACAACAUUUUCCAACCUUUGCAAUAUUACUAAUUUUAGUAUGCUCUUUCUAGCUGUGGUGAUUUAUUUGCAUUUCCUUGUCUAGUUUUAAAAUUAGUCUAUAAUGGGAAUUGUCUAUUGAGUAUUGGCAUACAAAAACUAAUUUUUGUUGCUAGUCUAGUAUUGUGCUUGUGUCUAUCAUUAACAAAAAAGAAAAAAUCGCUAAAAAAGUAAGAAGCCAAAAUGUUUUCUUGACUGCGGUGGCCGGGAAUCGAACCAGCAGCCUUUUGAAACCAAAAAUGUUUUGAGAGGGCAAAAGUUAUUGCCACAACUGACCACACAUAAACAUCUCAAGAAAACAUGGUGAACAACUUGCAAACAACGUUUUCACAUUGUUCGCAAGUUGCUAACUCGUUUAGCAGGUUGAAAACCUGAAAGGUUAGGAUUAAUUACAGUUGACUGGAAAAAAUAGGCUCUUGGGAAACUGGAAUCAUCUACAGGAUUUUUUUGUUAGGCCUCAAAAUUCCUUUUGGAAUUCCUAUAGCCCUAAUUAUACUAUAGGAAAUUUUCGUAAAGCCUGCUCCAUUUUAAUAUGAAUAAACUGUUUUGUCAGCAGUAAUCAGUGUUAUAGCUAUAUUGCUAUUCAUGACUACUUCCAACUGAGCAUGACUUCAUCUUACAUAAUACAUUUUUCCUUCUGGAUUUAUUUUCACUGCAGUGCUUGUUGGAAAAACGUUACUUGAGGUUGGCUGUGGUGUAGGAAAUACUAUAUUUCCAUUGUUGGAAGAAAUUCCAUCAAUAUUUAUUCAUGCCUGUGAUUUUUCAAAGAGAGCCGUUGCAUUUGUUGAGGUAAGUCUUGGAUCUAGUAGAUUGAAUAACUAUAGUGGUCACUCUGAGACUGCCGCCAGUGAAUUAAGUUAUGUAUCAUGGGCUAAUUAUGCAUUCAGUUUAGUUUGCCCGGCAAAGCAACUAAGAAAGACAAACAUUUUCUAGAUUGAAAGUGUACUAAAAGUCUUAGAUUUAGAUGUGUUUUAGAAUGUCCUCAGAAUGCAGGAAAUGGUGUUGGAGAGACCUUAAUCACUUUCGAUUUAUAGAAAAAGAGGAUGAGCAUGCCCCUGGACCUCUCUGGAAUGCUUGUUCUCUACAUUGUAGGAUAUUUGUAACCCCCCCCCCCCUCCCCGGCCAAAAUGAUGUUGGAUAUACCACUGAAACUGAAGUGCUCCCCAUUCUCGCGAAGCAUCCACAGCGCUGCUGUAAAAAUUUCCAAGACUCGCUUAAAAUAUCGUUUUUCUUCACGUUGUUUUGUAGGAAAAUGGUGUAUAUGAUCCCAAGAGGAUGAAUGCAUUUCAGUGUGAUAUCACACAUGAUAGACUCACCACGCAUGUGUCUGAGGAAUCUGUUGACAUCAUCACUGUUAUUUUUGUCAUGUCCAGUAUUUCACCUGAAAAAAUGUUACCAGCUUUAGAAAACAUUGCUGCUGUAAGUGGAAAAUGUUUUGUUCCUGCGAGAGCCGGCUGAGCAGGCUAUUGUUAGUGCUGCCUGAUAUAAGUACAUUUCGGACUAAACACAAUAAGGCCUGAUGGCCCUUAAUUCCUUUCCCUAUUCUACGAAAACUUUUAUCAGCGAAAUCCAAAAACAGUUGGCGUGAAAUGAAUUAACGCAUACGCAAUAAAGAAAAAUUGGCUUCUCGAGAAACAAUUUCACUUUGCGAGUGAGUAGAAGUGAGUUCUCUAGUCAUUGCGACAACACUGUCAGUGAAUCACGUGUGAAACACAUCAAUCACAUAUGUUUGUGAUGUUACUCUGAGUGCAUAUCCACACCGGGCGAGCUUGAAAAAUAUGCCCGGCCACGGUGGGAUUCGAACCUACGACCUUUGGAACACCAGCACAGAAAAAAUUCAUAUUACAAGAACACAUUGGUAUUGAAGGAACUAGAUACUGUUCCGAAAUAUCACUUACUCGAACCGUCCUGACCGCGUAGCUCAGUUGGAAGAGCAUUGGGCUAGUAUUCCAAAGGUCGUAGGUUCGAAUCCCACCGUGGCCGGGCAUAUUUUUCAAGCUCGCCCGGUGUGGAUAUGCACUCAGAGUAACAUCACAAACAUAUUAUUCACCUGAGUACACAACACCAGCACAGAAAAAAUUCACAUCGAUCACAAUGAAACAAAUGAAUUGCCUAGAAUAGCAUGUGCAACCAUCCGCAUUUCGCAGACAAUAGAAGCAGAACUUCGUCGUUUCGAGCGAAGCAUCGAUGUUUUGCUUGUAUUUUUCAGGUAGUCGUAUCGCUAUCAAUCUGCAGUUGUCUUAAAUCUUAAUUUUAUCGCUGCCUGAAAUGUACAAAAUGAGGCUGAAAGCAGGACAUUUGGCAUUUCAAACACUUUAAGUUCCGGAUAGCGUGCUCUUGUUCAAAAUUCCAGGGAGCUUGCCCCUCUACCCCCUGGGAACAGAGGGGACUUUUGGCGAACUUUUGGCGGGCGCGAGGAUUUUCCCUCAAAAAUUUUGUUUUUCAAAGUUUGACAUGUAUUUUCAAACGACGUUGAAGUUUUCGGCAUUGCCAUUUACUGCUUUUUGAGAAUAUUGCUAUUUUUUCUGUUGCAGAUAGUAAAGUAACUCUUCAUCUACAUUUUAUGUGUUGGCGAAGGAACUGCCAAGAAAAUAUUUUUUUUUCGUGCGAGCGAAAUGACAGGCGAUAUUUACAUUCGGAUGUUUUGGACAAAGCGUGAGAAAAGCUUCAUAAAAUCCGACUAAGCGUACAAACAGUAAAAAAAAACAAGGAAAGGACUUCAUAAUAUGAGUAGGUUUGGCAAAUUUGUUGUUUGUUUUUAGAAUUCAGUCACGCGACAAACAUGCGCUCCGUUUCUUGCGCAUGCGUAGACAAAAUUCCCUCUGUUCCCCCUGGGUGUUUGUGUAGCUGCCUCAAGCAAAACGAUCUUCUGGAAGUUGUUAAGUCCCCAUCAUUUGUUCUCUUUCAUUGUAGGUUCUUAAGCCUGGAGGAAUAGUUCUGUUUCGUGAUUAUGGAAUGUACGACCACGCUAUGUUGAGGUUUUCUAAAGGUCAUAAGAUAUCAGAGAAUUUCUACGUUCGUCAAGAUGGAACGAGAGCUUAUUAUUUCACAACAGGUAUGUGUUGGGAAUGGUAGUCUGCUUCUUAGGGACCGGUCAUUAUUUAUGGUGGGGGGUGGCACCGAAGAGAAAUGUUUUUCGUAGCAAAACUUUUGCUGACCCAACCAUUAAAAAGUCAAAAAUUUGAUUACCCAACCUCAAAUAUCAAGUAAAAAAUAAAUACCCACCCCUGGCCAAAAUUAAACUUUACAAAAGAUUACCAUUCAGUUGUCACAUAUGUCCUUUACCCGAUUUCUGUAACACUGAGGAGUUUGAUAACUGCUUGUGAAAUUUGCUGCAGUCUAAUGUAUCAUGUUGUCUGCACAUGUGCUUUCUUUGAAGACACCAUUUGUCUUCUAACAAAUUGGAAAAUGAUCAAGACAGUGACUGAUUGAUUCACAUAUUGUAUUGACAUAUGACUAUAACUUUUUAUUACCCAACCCUUGAGUUGUUUUGUUUUUCAUUUACCCAACCUUUUACUUACUCAAAAUUUAGUUUACCCAACCCUUUUCUCUUCGGUGCCACCCCCCGCCAUAAAUAAUGACCGGUCCCUUAGACUUGCCACAAGUUGACUUUUCUACCCCCUCCCCUCUGUUACCAUCCUAACGGCUCAAAAGAGAAAACGGACUUUGCGAAAGUCUAUGUGUUCGUAUGUUGAAGGGUUUUUAUAGAUGAAAAUUUCAAGUGAAAGCUAUUUCGAUCAAACCGGGAACUGUUGCUAAAAAUGCAACUACAACUGGCCCUCCAGAAGGAUCGCGACCUGCGCGGGUCUGCAAUUACCGUCCAGCGGUUAGAUGAACUACAGAAAUAGGUAUGGUAAGAGUUCGUGUAUUUGCACAAAGGUUAAGUUAGAUGUAAAUGCGUUUCUAUAUGUCACAAAUGUAACACACUAGAGCACUCUUACGAAAUUUAGCACUCGUCAGAGCACGCGCAUUUCACUGGAGAACCUGGGUUCGAUUCUCGCUACGGACUCAUGUGAAAGAGUCAGUCAACGCUCUACCGAAAGUCGUAGGUUCUCAUCGGACGCUCCGGUUUCCUUCUAGGCACAGGGUGACAGGGUGGCUUAGGAAAGUAAUGUCUCAAUUGUUGUAAAGAUAAAUAGUCUAGACAAGUAACAUAAAUGAGCGUAAUACUUGAUGUAAUCGGUCACUGAAAAACCCCAAUGGGGAGUGAGCUGAAUAGUGUAUGUAUGUAAAAUGGUAACAUUUGACCUGGUAUAUAUUUAUUUUGUUUUUCUCAGAAUAUCUUACAAAGUUAUUCUCUGAUGCUAGCUAUGACGUCAUUAACUGUCAAUAUGUACAGCGGAGAACUAUAAAUAAGAAAGAAGGGAUUGAUGUUCCAAGGAUGUUUGUGCAGGGAAAAUUCAUGAAGAGAACAAGUAUAACGGAACAGUUAUCUGACACUGGAAAACCACCUGCAAAAGUUUUACUCGCUGCAAGCACUUCACCGUAGUCUGGUAGAUAAUUACAGACCUUACGGACGGCAACGCGACGACAGCAUAAACUCAUUCAAAUACUGAAGUGAAGAAAACGUGUCGUAAUUUGUUUGAGCAAGUUAAAACGGGUUUCUAGUUUAGUACUAUAAGCCAGUUUGCCAUCUGGAAACAGAAAAAAAAAGCACGAACGCGGAACACCAGUGGGAAACACCACGAACAGAGAUAGUGUAGACAAAUGGUCGCCUUCGGUCGUUGAUGAGGAUUGGGAAACACCACGAGGAUUGGGAAACACCACGAACAGAGAUAGUGUAGACAAAUGGUCGCCUUCGGUCGUUGAUGGAGGCAGGAUUAAAGACUAACUGGAAACCAAAAUAACGACGAAAGUCUCUGAAAUAUUGCUCAAGUAUUUUGAAAGAAAAAGAUUCACUCAAUGCUUUCCUGCAUACGACAAGCAGAACUCUUCGUAAACUUGAACGAUUUAGUCCAUAGGAUGUCUUUUACAUUUUAUUUAUU